ACUACAGUCAGUAACAUGUGAGACAGGGAAGCGCAUCGGCUGCUGCUCAUCUCAGGAACACUGAUGCUCCAUGUCUCUCCUGAGCUGCCAGUGAUUCAGACCCCCUCUGUCCUCUGACCCUGUCUGACUCGUCCUGGUGUCCCUGUUCUGGUUGGAGAUCUGGUCACAUGGACUGUGGUCUGUCUGGGAUGUGUGUGGUGACGGGACGGUUCCACUUUACCAUGAAGACGGUCCUGUCCUCUGUUCUGAUGUAGACAGCUAUUUUCUGAGGACCUGUGACUGCAGUCACUCGAUAGUUCAGGACUGGAGACAACUGCUAAAAGUUAAUUGAAUUGAAUUGAAUACAGUAGAUCCACCAGCUGCAUGUGUAGAAUAAACGGUUAGAAAAGUAACGAGUCGAGUGGAGCUGAUUGUAGCGGAGUAAGAGUAGCGUUUCCUCUUUAAAAAUCUACUCAAGUGAAAGUAUAAAGUAUGGUGCAGUAAAACUACUCAUAGAAGUAAUUUUUUAUUUUUUUUUAGCUUACUUAACUAAAUGUAACUUGUUACUACCCACCUCUGAUAACUGGUCAUGAGAGGCAUUAAGGUCUAAUAUUAUUAUCUUGAUGGUUUGUUAAUUUAUUUGUUCCUGGUCAAUUAUUCUUCUAUUUAUUGAUAUUCGUUGCUCUUAAUAACUAUUUACACCCUAGGAUUUGUUUAUUUCUCUCAUAGAAUUCUGUUGUAACUUGGUUGGCGUUAAUUGUGAUUUUCCUUUUUCUUGUUGUAAGAUCUAUAAAUAGUCUCCACUGAAUGCAGAAAUAUUAAAAGAUCUGAGUUGACGCCAGGUUUAGGUCAGUUUUACAAAAGGUUUCCUCAGUAACCUCAAAAACACCUGAUAAAAGGAAAUGAUUAUUAACUGAACCUACAAAGUCAUGUUUUUAUCCUGAAACAAACCUAAAAUCAGGGUGUGAUUACUUUUUACCAAAGUGAAAGUGAAACUCUGAACAUUUGGACUGGAGAGAAAAACAGCAGCCAAAUAAAAUGGCUUCAAAGUUUUCAGAGGAGGAUUUCUCCUGUCCUGUGUGCCGUGAAAUCUUCAAGGAUCCUGUUGUUCUUAGCUGCAGUCACAGUGUGUGUAAAGUGUGUUUGCAUAAGUUCUGGGAGACCAAAGGAUACAGAGAAUGUCCUGUUUGUAGGAGGAAGUCGUCUAAGCAGAGACCUCCCACAAACCUGGUGUUAAAGAACCUGUGUGAGACUUUCUUACAGGAGAGAAGUCAGAGAUCUUCAUCAGCGUCUGAAACAGUCUGCAGUCUGCACAGUGAGAAACUCAAACUCUACUGUCUGGACGAUCAACAGCCGGUGUGUGUGGUGUGUCAAACUUCGAGAAAACACACCGACCAUAAAUUUCGCCCCAUUGACGAGGCAGUAACAGACUGUAAGGAGAAGCUCAAAACUGCACUGAAGCCCCUACAGGAGAAACUGAAGAUCUUUAACGACUGUAAACUGAACUGGAGUCAGACUGAAAAACAUAUAAAGAUUCAGGCCCGACACACAGAGCGUCAGAUUAAGGAGGAGUUUGAGAAGCUUCACCAGUUUCUACGAGAUGAAGAGGCAACAAGGAUCACUGCACUGAGAGAGGAAGAGGAGCAGAAGAGUCAGAUGACGAAGGAGAAGAUUGAGAAGCUGAGCAGAGACAUAUCAUCUCUUUCAGACACAAUCGGAGCCAUAAAAGAGGAGAUGAGAGCUGAAGACGUCUCGUUAUUACAAAACUACAAGGCCACAGUGAAAAGAGCCCAGAGCACACUGUGGUAUCCAGAGGAGCUUUCAGGAGCACUGAUCCAUGUGGCCAAACAUCUGGACAACCUGAAGUUCAGAGUCUGGGAGAAGAUGCAGCACACUGUCCAAUACUCACCUGUCACUCUGGACCCCAACACUGCUUCUCCUAGACUCAUAGUAUCUGAUGAUCUGACCAGUGUGAGACUCAGUGAUAAGAACCAGAAACUUCCUGAUAAUCCAGAGAGAUUUGAUGGUCAUGUGUGUAUUCUGGGCUCUGAGGGCUUUAACUCAGGGACUCACUGCUGGGAUGUUGAAGUUGGAGACUGUACAUGGUGGUCUGUGGGUGUGAUGACAGAAUUUGCUCAGAGGAAGGGAGAUGUAUUCGACAGAAGUGGAAUCUGGUGUGUGGGGUAUUAUAAUGGUAAUUAUUACACACGUUCUACACCACACACACACACUCGCCUCUCAGUGUCACAGAAACUCCAGAGGAUCAGAGUGAAGCUGGACUGGGACGAAGGAAAACUGUCAUUCUCCGACCCUCUCACUAACACACACAUACACACUUUCACACACACAUUUACUGACAAAUUACUGCCAAUCCUAUGUGUGGCUGGUAAAAAAUCUCCUGUAAAGCUCCUCCCACUUCAGUGCUCUGUAACAGUCAAUCAGAUCAGUUAGAGUUCAUUAAUGAAAUACUGCACAUUAAAGAUUCAUAUUCUUUAUAAACGUUUGUUUUUAAAGAAACACUGAAUAGUUCAUUGUGAAAAGGGUUUCAAGUUACAGAAUAAAUUUAAAUUAAAGGGAUUUUGAGGUAAAAUAAUGACCUACUCUGUUGAAAUAAAGAGAUAUUAAAUCGAAAUUAAAAUUAAAAUCAAGUUUAAAUAACUAAAGAGCACUUUUCCUCUCAAUGUUCAGUUCAGGCUUCAAAAACAAAUAAACCACAGGAGGAAAUUAAAAUCAUAAGUCUGUUUUGAUGUACAAUUUAAACCUAACUCACUUACUCAUCUUCUAUACCACUUUAUCCUGUAUUCAGGGUCGUGGGGACCUGGACAGGGUGCCAAUGUAUCACAGGGCACACACACAUACACACACUACGGGCAACUUUGGAAUGCCAUUUAGACUAACCUGCAUAUCUUUGGACUGUGGGAGGAAACUCGAGUACCCGGAGGAAACCCACCAAGAACAGGGAGAACAUGCAAACUCCAUACACACAGAAACGGGAAUCGAACCCGGACCCUGGAGGUGCAAGGCGACAGUGCUAACCACUACACCACCGUGCUGUCCAAUUUAAAUCUGAAAUUGAUUAUUUAUUUUUUAUGUUUUCAAAUUAAUAAUAAACAGACAUUAAAAGUUCAUGUCUUUACUGUAUUUGUACUUGUUAGCGCUGUGCAGGAGAUUUCAAGCUUUGUUGCUAAGUUUCCCUUCACCAGUAGUUUUAUUGAAGAUCAGAAGAAUUUGUAUGUAAAUCCUGCAUUAGGUGAUCAUUUGAUGUGACAAUUUAAUAAUAAUAAUAAUAAUAAUA